AUGACACUUGCAAGAGGAUGUGAGUUUAAAGCUGUUUUUCUAUUAGGUUUAGCUUUGCUUUCAUAUGGCGUUCAAGGUGCUCGCCGUGGCCUUGCAGGCACUGAUCCUACAAUUUUUGAUGUUACACAAUAUGGUGCCCAGGCAGAUUGUAAGACUGAUAAUUCUAGGAUAUUCAUAAACACAUGGAAUGCAGCAUGCCAAUCAAGUGGGAUGGCCAAGCUUCUUAUCCCCAACGGGACAUUCUUGGUAGGGGAGGUCAUCUUCCAAGGACCGUGCAAAUGCUCAAAUCCCAUAACUAUUGAAGUUCAGGGAACGCUGUUGGCCAAGACUGAUCUCAGUGCUUAUCCUAGUGGACAAUGGUUCUUGUUCCGACAUGUUACUGGUCUCCUACUUACAGGCCAAGGAAGUUUUAAUGGACAAGGUGAGACUGCGUGGAAGUUCAACUCUGGAUCCCCGAAACUUCUCCCAAUUUCUAUCAAAAUCGACCACACAAACAAUACCCUUGUUCAGGGGAUCAAAUUGAUCAAUAGUAAAGGAUUUCACAUGAAAGUCACUAGCUGCAACAAUGUUACAGUCCAAGGCCUCAACAUAACUGCACCUGAUGAUAGCCCAAACACGGAUGGCAUCCAUAUUAGCCGUUCUGAUCUUGUCAAAAUCUCUAACACUGUCAUUGGAACCGGUGAUGACUGCAUUUCCAUUGGGGAAGGCUCCACCAACAUUUCAAUCUCUGGUAUUACUUGUGGACCUGGACAUGGCAUUAGCAUUGGCAGUCUUGGCAAAGUCAAGACUGAGAAGGAUGUGAAAGGAAUUGUUGUGACUAAUUGUACGUUAUCAAACACUGAAAAUGGUGCGAGGAUCAAAACCUUCGAAGAAUCACCAAAAACCCAAGCUUCCAACAUUGUUUUUGAGGAUAUAGUCAUGAAUAAUGUCCGAAAUCCAAUUAUCAUCGAUCAGCAUUACAUGUGCAAGAAUAAGAACAAAGGGCCAUCCAAUGUGAAGAUCAGUAAUGUUCACUACAAGAACAUAAGGGGUACCACGGUUUCGAAUGUUGCAGUGGCACUUAAUUGCAGUGAAGCAGUACCUUGUGAAGGCGUUGAACUGGUCGACAUUGAUCUCAAAUCUAGCGGCAUUUCUGAAAAAAUCGAAAGCCAGUCGACUAUUUCAGGUUUAUGUUCUAAUGCUAAAGCAACCUUCAGUGGUAAACAAAACCCCUCGGCUUGCACGUAG